AUGAUAGUCAAAGUGAUUGUAAAGUGCUUGAGAGCCUGUGUAGCUUUCGCUGGGGGUUUUCUGUUGGGGCAGCUGUACUAUAACUUUAUGCUGCGAGACUUGAUGUCUUACGACGUGGGACGUGUUGUGUCUGUGGUUCUGAGUGUAACCCUUGGUUUAUUAAAUGUAGCCGCAAUCCAAAUACGAUGUAUUUCCCUCCUGACUAUUCCUAUGUACCUGGGUAAGGACGGCCGCCGCGUGUUGAAGGGACUUAUACUGACUUAUGUUGUUGCUGGGCCCAUCAUGAACAUGAGUUUAAACGCUCGCGAGGUGGUGAGAGUGUUCGCAUGUAGCAACGAGCUGGCCCAUAACCUGUCCGGUGUGCGGGACGCACUGAUCGCGCGCCCGCUGCGACAAACCGUAGAAGGGAUGGAAGACGAGAUCAAACAAGCUGCCGACACUCUGAAUUACUUCCAAGACGUGACCGCGCCAAUAGAAACCGAGAUCGAACUAACCACCGAGCUGCAUCAGAGCGCUGAACUGACACGCACGGCCGACGAUUUGAUUCGAGGGAAUCGCUCCGGUCACAUCGAGCGCAAAUACCAAAUUUUACCAAAAGACCAUCGAACUGAGGUAUACCAGAAAGAAUAUCUCAAGAAAACGGAAUACCGCUGCAACAAUGUGUUGUCGGCGGCCGUGUUACGCAGCCAGGACCAGAUGUCACAGACGUGGCAGGCGUGUGCCGACAAACUGCCGUGGCACGUCGCGGCUGUGUUUUGUGCGCCGAUGAUGGAGCGACCGGCACUAUCUAAAUGUUCUUCGCAGAUAUCUUCAGGGUUAGGUGUUGGCUACGCGGCCCUCAAAGAAGCCAAGGCCGAGUUAAUGAAAGGUCCCGAUGAAAUAGUUGUAAGCUACCAAGAUCCUAACGAAAAUGAUGCAUAUGCCGAUGUUCAGGCCGCGAAAGAGACCGGCGAUCGCGUAAAACAAGCCUUCGAAGAAAAAUUCUCAGUUAUUCAGAACGCUCUUACUGUAGUGAAUGUGUGCCAAGCCAUACUGUUCCUGCGGAUAGCCGUGGCAGCACAGGCGUAUCACGAUUUGUUCCUCACGAACAUCGACUUUGAUAACUUGUACAUCACCGACUUGUUUAGAAAGAUCGAGAGGCGGAGGCUUAUGAGGAGUCAGUACACGCUCUUGCCUUUGAAAAAGAUGGAGCGCAGCCGCUACGUAGAUGUAUACUCCUUAGCGUACUCCACGGCAGACCACCAUCGGUUGUUGGCCCAGAUGCUCAAGGUGUUGCUAGAGGUGGUGACAGCUACCACGUUCGUGAUGCUGGAUCGGCUGUUCUAUGAGGCGCUGGAUGUGGUGAGCCAGCAUGCUAGGGUGGAAGGCGAGUCUGGCACUCGGGAUUUGGAGAUUGAGGUGGAAGGGACAGGAAUCGUAGCCAAUACUAUUCGCGCGAUGAUCUCGCACCUCCGUGCAAGUCACGUUAAGGGCAUGGCGACCAACACUUGCUUGCCUCACCCCCGCAUAAUGCCAGCCAUGUUCUAUUUGCGAAUCUACGGGGGAUAUCUUUGGGUACUGCUGCUGCUCUGCGUCAAUCCUUAUACCUCGCGAUUGAGAAGGCUGAUAUGCAGCUACUUCUACCCGCGGCGCGAAAAACAGCGAGUGUUGCACCUCUACAAUGACAUCCUAAAGAAGCGCGUUAAAUUGGACGCCACUCUUCGAAGAAAGGCUGUCCAGGCAAUACGGGCCCACUACCUUUCCGGCGAGAGUCUCCUUCUCCGCUUCCCGAAUAUUUUGGGCUGGCUGCGGCUGUUACCAGCAGCCAGAAUGGCUUGCCUAAUCUGCGGCGAGAUAGAACCCAGGAAUGCUAAAAGCGGGUGGAAGGCGUGUGACAUGCCGAAGUGCCCGUUCCUGUACUGCGGGGAGUGCUGGCUCGAGGUCCGCGGCCGCUGCCUCGCGUGCGACCCCAACCUCGCCGAGCUGAGCGACCAAGACUCGCUCAGCGAUGAUGAGUUACCCGUAUAUUGA